GGCUGACAGAGGGCCAGGGAUAGAAGGGGCUGCUGUUUGGGUCUGAUGGUAGUUCAGGGAUGGAGUCUCAAAAGUCUCCAACCCAGGCAACAAAUAUUUCAGUUCUUUCACUUCAGAUAUUUAUGACACGCUUUUCAGGUGUAAGCAACGUCUCAAAGCAAUUUAAAGUAAAACGGAAAACAACAGUAUUUGCUUUUAAGAAUUGGCUGUCAAGAUAGGGAUUAAAGUAAGGUUAGACUGAAAGUUUUUUUUUUAAUUGUGCCUCAUUGGAAGUAUGCACAAUCAUUAAGCCUUUAAGUGAGGUGUUCCUGGUUGAUAACACAGAAGAAACUGCUGGACAACUGAGAAAACUGCUAUUUGGCUUUUGGUGAGCAUCUCAUCCUAUUUCCCUGCUACCUGUUAAUCUGAAAAUGUGCUGAACGGGACAGAGGUCGCUUCCUUCUGCAGCAAUGGAUGAGGAGAGUUUGGAAGCAGCAAUUCAGACAUACAAUGCCCAGUUGCAGCAAGUGGAGUUGGCUUUGGGAGCUGGGCUAGACCCAUCGCAACAGUCUGAUCUAAUCCAGCUGCAGGUGGAUUUAAAGCAGCUGAUAGAACUUACGGAAUCCAGCCUGAUCUCUGUGAAAAAGAGCAAGCUGUGUGCAACUUUGGACCCAGGGGCACUCUCCACGUCUUCCUCUGUUCCUCUACAGCCAGACAGUCAUGAGCCUGGCCAGCAGAGCGCUGAUGAUGAAUAUGCCACUUUUAAGGAAGCCAUUGCUGAAACUGGUGGAGAAGAGGAGGAGUCCCUGGACACUCAAGAUGUGGAGAGGGAAGGAGAAGCUGAGGAGGAAGAGGAGGUGGAGGAGGAGGAGGUGGAGGAAGAAGCCAGUGGGAUGAAAGUAAAAGCCCCCUACUACAGUUCUUGGGGCACCCUUGAGUACCAUAACGCCAUGAUUGUGGGGAGUGAGUCUUUGGAAGAUGGAAGCCCAGGGGUCAGAGUCCUCUACCUUUACCCCACUCACAAGUCCUUGAAGCCGUGCCCCUUCUUCUUGGAUGACAAGUGUCGCUUUAAAGAGAAUUGCCGGUUCUCCCAUGGGCAAGUCGUAUCUGUGGAGGAGCUGCGUCCCUUCGAGGAACCUGACCUGAGCUGCCUUGCUGUGGGUUCAGCUUGCCUGGCAAGGCAUCAGGAUGGGAUCUGGUAUGCUGCUAAAAUCACAGACAUUGACAGCGGUUACUACACAGUGAAAUUUAAUUCCCUGCUCCUGAAGGAAGCUGUUGUGGAGGGAGAUGGCAUCAUGCCUCCGCUGCGUGGCGAGGAGAGCUCUUCCUCAUCAGAGUCAGAAGGAGAUGAGGUGGAUGAUGCUGGAUAUGCUAAAGUCAUUGACUCCGGCACCCCGGAGAACGGGGAAGGGCCCUCCACUUGCAGUUCCUCCUUCGGCAGCUGGGAGGCGCACACUCGUGGCAUUGGCUCUAAACUCCUUGCUCAGAUGGGCUACGAGCUUGGAAAAGGUUUGGGGAAGAAUUCAGAGGGCCGGGUAGAGCCAGUAUUAGCUGUCGUGCUGCCGAAAGGGAAAUCCUUGGACCAGUGUGCCGAGAUCCUCCAGAAGAAGAGAGACGGGAAGCUCCAUCCAGCCAAGCCCAGAAAACGGCGGGGAAAAGGGAACCAGGCUGCCCGGCGCUCCCGGCAGAGCCCAAAGUCCUCCCGGGAUGUGUUUGACUUUCUUAAUGAGAAGCUUCAGGGCAAGGACCUCGGGGAGCAGGAGGUGGCGUCGCUGGAGAGGAGCAGCAAGGAGAUCUACCAUGCCAGCAAGAGCACCAAGAAGGCCCUCAGCAUCCGCCUCUUCCAGACAGUGGAGAAAAUCGACCAAACCCAGAAGGAUAUCCGAGGGAUCCAGGAGGCGUUGGUGCGCAACGUCGGGCGGCACACCGUCGCCACAGCUCAGCUGGAAGAGAAGCUGGCUGGGGCCCGCAAGAGACUGGGUGAGCUGCGGGCUCAGGAGGCCAGCCUUCAGCGGGAGCAGAAGAAAGCAGACACACACAAGAAAAUGACAGAGUUCUAGUCCCUCGCUGUCUCUUUUCCUCCCUCUGUCCUUUCCUCCCACAGGACCACAUGUUGGCUGGGUGCCACUCCUGGAUGGGCCAUGCUGUUUCCCCUGGUCCAGAACUGGUCGCUGUCUUCUCCAAGAGCUGAGGGCAGCUUAGGCCAGGGGUCGCUAACCUGGUGCCCUCUAGAUGUUGCUGGACUGCAACUCCCAUCACCCCUGGCAGUUGACCAGGUCUGGCUGGGGCUGAUGUGUGCUGGGAGUCCGGCAACAUCUCGCGGGCACAUGUUGCCCGAUCGUAGCCAUUUGCCUUUCCUUGUUAUACGUACUUGGCCUUAUAAGAACACACCAGGGCAGCGAAGGUUUAUCAGGCAUAGGAGUCGCUAGCACAUUUCUGCUCUUCUCCUUGGCGGUGUUUCUGCUCCCAGGAUUCCUUGGCAGUUUCUUAGUGGUGGAUGAUCUCCACUCCCAAGUACCGAUAGGGAAAAACGUACUAAGAGAAUGAGGGGCAAAGCGGACUGUGUCCUCCUGAUCUGGCAGAAGGGACCGCUGCGUUCUUGCACACAGUGCCUGGACCAUGCGUCACGUCCAUAUUCCGCUGGUAGAAGCGGCUGAGGCUUCCUGUGCAGCUCUGGGCAGGGGAGUUCCAACAGCCACAUAGAAAGCAGCUUGGAAAGGGGGUUCACUGUGCUCUUGCUGGCUGUGUACGUCAGUGGCGUGGUCCUUUGGUGAUUCUUAGCCUACGGUCCGUCCGGAGGGCUCUUCCAUCAAAUUCCAGAAAGUCUGAAGGUGGAAUCACAUGACCACCUACCGUGUGGUCUUCUUCAAGCGGGGGUGGGGAAGGCUGUGGCUAUCCAGAUGCUGCUGGAGUCCAACCUCAUUGUCCCUGACCAUCAGCCAUGCUGGAUGGGGCUGAUGGGAAUUGGAGUCCCACGACCUCUGGAGAGCCACAGGCAUCCCCCUUCCCCUCUUAAAUGUUGUGGAAAGCUAGCCAUGUGCCGCCUCCAGACACACGGUGAGCUUGGUUAAGGUGUUCCUGGAACCAUCCUGAAAUCUAGGGAAGUGUCGUUUUGGAGGAGGGGGAGGAGAAUGGAGGGAGCUUGCAGAUGAUGACUCUCCCCAGAACAAGAACCAGCAAGUGAGGAGCUCUAAAGUGCUCAGGUGGCCCCUUUCUGAAGCAUUUACUGUCUUCAGUCGGAGCUGGCGUUGCAGCCAACAAAAGGCACUAUCACUGUUGCUCAUCCCUGCAGCCCCAAGAGGAGAUUGUAUCAGAGAAGAGGGUAAACGGUUUGGUCUCCGGAAGAACACUCUGCGAGGUGUUGGGGACGAUGGCAGGGGGUUCUGUGUUUCGGGGCUGGCUUAGACAUCUGUGUAACUUCUUGUCCACACUUCCUUUCAGAUUUUAAAGAUUAUUUUAAGUUAAAAGAA